UAACUCGUGAGAGCAAACCCUCCACUGUCCACACCCACCCCACCAAACUGACCUUGCACUUGCAUUUAAAUACACAGUACUCUCCCUUCACACACCAGAACCACCUCACAAAGAAACAAAAAAUCCUCUUUAGCUCGCACAAACAUGGGCAGCUCAAUCAUCGAUGCUCUCAAUGUACGAGUGAUCGGUUCCGGCAAUGAAAUCCUCGUCCUUGCACACGGAUUCGGCACCGACCAAUCCGCCUGGCAACGCAUUCUGCCGUACUUCACACAAUACUUCCGCGUAGUUCUCUACGACCUUGUUUGUGCCGGCAGUGUAAAUCCCCAGUACUUCGAUUCCAACAAGUACACAACUCUCGAUGCUUACGUUGACGACUUAAUGGCCAUUCUCGACGCUCUCCGAAUCGAUCGCUGCUACUAUGUUGGGCAUUCCGUCUCUGCCAUGAUUGGGAUCCUCGCCUCCAUUAGACGCCCCGAGCUUUUCGCCAAACUCAUCCUCAUCGGGGCCUCGCCAAGAUUCUUAAAUGACGGGGACUACCAUGGAGGAUUCGAGCAAGAAGAGAUUGAUCAAGUAUUUGCCGCAAUGAAGGCCAAUUACAACGCUUGGGUCAUGGGCUACGCACCUCUUGCGGUGGGAGCCGAUGUGCCUGCGGCCGUCCGUGAAUUCAGCCGGACCCUUUUUAACAUGAGGCCUGAUAUUACACUGUUUGUGUCGCAAACUGUGUUCAACAGUGAUCUGCGAGGGAUUCUAGGCCAUGUCAAGGUCCCCUGCUGCAUAAUUCAGUCAGCAAAGGAUGUGUCAGUUCCACGUUCGGUGGCAGAGUAUUUCCAGACCCAUUUGGGUGGGCGGAACACGGUGGAGUACUUGAAGACGGAGGGUCAUUUGCCGCAUCUGAGUGCACCAUCUUUAUUGGCUCAAGUCCUCCGGCGAGCCCUCUCACGGGGAAAUUAGGUACUGCCGUACUGGGGUGGCUUCUGUGGUGGGGGUAGUUUGGUAAUUAAAGUGUGGGUUGUAUUAGGCUAAUUAGCUUCUAAGUGGGGUCCAGAGAUGAGGACUAAUAACGGUGGCGAUGUAACCCACCUGGCAAAUAAUUUAGUGGACAGGAGCCCUUGGCGUCUCGAUCAUGAAGAAGCCCCACGUGAUCAUCACGUGAUGAAGUAUCCAUUUGUUUUGUCCUUUCACAAAACAAGAUAAAAAAUGUUAAAUCUAUUGUCUUCUUCCUACGUGGUCCUCUCAA